UACAAAAAUCCCAACUAACUUAAUACUGUAAUAAGUUCACACACAACAUUUGAUUCACUAAAAAAAACAAUCUUUGCUAUAAAAAUGGCUGCCAUGACACGUGUAUCUCCUUACCAAUGCCAUAAAUUAAGUAGACUUCCAGAAUUGUCUUCUUCACUUGUAAAAACUACCUCAUCAUUUGUUUCAUUUCCACAGAAAAACAAGAAAUUUUGCAGGUUCUCAGUGUUGGCAAUGGCUGAUUUGAACACAAGCACUGUUCUUGUUACUGGUGCUGGUGGAAGAACUGGAUCAAUUGUCUAUAAGAAGUUGAAGGAGAGGUCAGAGAAUUAUACAGCUAGAGGAUUGGUUAGAACAGAGGAAAGCAAACAAAAAAUUGGUGGUGCAGAUGAUGUUUAUAUUGGUGAUAUUAGGAAUACCGAGAGUCUUGUUCCUGCUAUACAAGGUAUUGAUGCUCUUGUUAUUCUUACAAGUGCUGUUCCAAAAAUGAAACCUGGGUUUGAUCCAACAAAAGGUGGAAGACCUGAAUUCUAUUUUGAGGAUGGGGAAAAUCCUGAACAGGUAGAUUGGAUCGGCCAAAAGAACCAAAUAGAUGCUGCUAAAGCUGCUGGUGUGAAGCAGAUCGUGCUAGUUGGGUCAAUGGGAGGGACAAAUCCUAACCACCCCUUGAACAGUUUGGGGAACGGGAAUAUAUUGAUUUGGAAGAGAAAGGCAGAACAAUAUUUGGCUGACUCUGGAAUUCCAUAUACAAUUAUAAGGGCUGGAGGGCUACAAGAUAAAGAAGGUGGUAUAAGGGAACUACUUGUUGGUAAGGACGAUGAACUUCUCGAGACAGAAACUAAAACUGUUGCUAGGGCUGAUGUUGCAGAAGUUUGCAUUCAGGCACUGCAGUAUGAGGAAGCAAAAUUUAAGGCAUUUGAUCUGGCCUCAAAACCUGAGGGAACUGGCACUCCAACUAAGGACUUCAAGACUCUAUUUGCACAAAUCGCUACUCGUUUCUGAUAUACAUCUCACUAGGACUAUGUCCAAAAUUUUCAUCACUCUUUUCUGCCAACAUUUGUUCAAAGGGGAGGCUAUAAACUGAAGGUAGAUAAGCAUCUGAGUUUGGUUGUACGAUUGCAGAUCCCUCCCCGUUCCCCCCUGCGUAGCAGCUAACCUCAUCGACACCAUGGCAUACUCAGAGAUGACUUGCCCAUAGUUCAAUGAUACAGUAGAGGGUUAUGUUAUGUGCCUCUCUUGAUUUUUCUGAUGUUUGGAAGGCAAAUAACUCAAUAAGCACUGUU